CGCCAAUCCACUACUGGCCUGCUAGGCACCAUGAUGCAUGCCCUACAGCGUGUUGGUAGCGCACGGCGUCAGUCAAAUACAUCACAUUCAAUCGUUUCCUCUGCCCCAGUUACUACUUCUACCACUGCGGCAAAACUAGCCACAGAGGCUGCCACAGCCACUAAGCUGCAGCCAAAUGAAUCUGUUCAAAUGACUAACCCAAGCUCUUCGGCCAAGGUGACUACUACUAACUCAACUUUCAAUGACGCCACAGCUUCCACUACUGCUAAUGGUCGAGUUGGAAAGUCAGCAUCAUUAGUACCUUCCGGUAAAGUCAGAACUAGUUUGAUCCGUGCGACGCCCUUACCAGCUCAGCCAUUACCUGAUUUUACAAUCAGCCCGCCAUCUCCCGUUGGAGAGGAGAAUUCGGUAUACAAUAUCCUUUCAUUUGCGUGA